UUCUUGGUUGUCCUGGUGAGACGCGACGCACUGAGACUCUGGGAUCCCAAGGGCUGGAGGCUAGAGGCUGGCGCCAUGGAGUACACAGGAAGCCAAUAUAUUGGGGAAUAUGUAGACGGGAGGAUGGAGGGCGACGCUGAGUACAUCCUCCCGACUAAAACGAAAUAUGUCGGGGAAAUGAAGGACGGCAUGUUUCAUGGCCAAGGAACCCUGUACUUCCCCAGCGGGAGCCGCUUUGAUGCUGUUUGGGAAAAGGGACUGGUCGUGAAGGGCACGUACACCUUCUCGGACGGGCUGCAGUACGAGGCAGAGCACUGGCAUUACUGCGACAGCUGCGAUCGCAGGUUUUACACCGAGAUCUGCCAUGGCUUGAAGCCUGCAGGUAUCUCUCAGCUCACCAAUAUGGACCCACCUCGAAAAAUCCCCGAGGGCUGUUACGACUGUGGAGAUGGCUUCUACAACCCGGCCACGAGGAUAAUCAAGGACUACAGGAAUCGCUUUCUGAGAAAUGCAGCACAGGGCCUUCUUAAGAGAUUUCCAAGGGGCAUCAUGACUCAGGACAUUUUACCCUUCACCGACGGGCCAGAGCACCCAAAACUCCUAUCUGAACGAUACCUGCCGUGCAUACGACAGACGCUGGUGAGGACUGCGUGAGAUCGGGUGUGCGAGGUGCCCAACUCGGCUCCUGGCACGUGCGCGUGUUCCCUAACGCCACGUGGCCCUUCUCCCGCUCAGACUCACCCCUUCCAGGCACAGCCCGAGUCCAGUCCUAAGUCUGACUCGGGAGGUCUUUCCCUAGUCGUUUCAACAUAUUAGAACAAAAAUGUAUCCGCACUCCCACAUUAAAUAUAUAUGUUUUU